AUGCUUUGAUCAUACGAUCCAGACACCGAAUGUGCUGGAUGCGAAAGUCAUUUUGCCAAAGAAACUGGCUCGCCCCGUCUCCCUUGCACUCUCUCUCUCUUUAGUCCGUCUUUCAAAGCGACAAACAAGGGAUUCUGGAGACCACUUCCAGUCUCCACUGUCUUUGCCCCGACCCACCGUGCUGAGCACCAGCCAGAAGGAGAUGAGAUUUCUGUAACUAAUGCGUUGUACAGAACUCGAGGGUGGUCUUCGAGGGGCUCCAGUGGAGGAAUUAGUCCCAGUUCUGAUGAUGUUAGUUUUAUCAAGAACGAAGGCUCAGCUCGAGGGAUGAUGUCUCGUGGACCGCGCCUACUUGAACAAUGUAUUAACGCUAAACGGAUACAGAACAACGUAAAUCAGCCAUCGUCUUCUGGUGAGAUCAACCCACAAAUCUCUUAA